GGAUUGGUGACGUCCUUAGUUUACGUCACAAAGGUUACAAAGGGCUAUUCCGUGGCGUCUAAACACCAUGGUUAUCAACAGUAUGAUCUAUGCUGUGAAUUGAAACUUUGUACGUGAGGAAUUCACCCUGUAUGGUCUUCAACUGUGAUUAUACAAUAUCACAAGUUGUUGGCAGAUUCGUCAGAGGAGCGCCGACCCACUAGCAGCGACCAAGACUCUGGCUUCGUGACAGUAUCCAGGUACAGCCGUUCAUUUUUCCUGAACGCUCCGAGUAGCCAGCAAUGUUGUGCCGCCGAUUUCGUCGACAUUCCUCCACCAUUUUUGUCUUCUUGUUGUUCCUUCUUCCGAUGUACCUUGGCAUUUUGUACAUUCUAAAUUGCGGCGACCCCAUCAUUGAUAGCUACAUCGUGCAGAGAGAUCGAGAGCCAGUGGAGAAGUAUCAGACAUUUCUAGCGGUUCUGGUCACGACUUCGUCGAAUAACAUCGAAAGAAGAGACGCCGUCAGAGAGACGUGGUUAACAUACGGUAACAGUAGUAUGUUCAAACGCUUUGUGAUCGGCACAGCGUCCGCAGACCCCAAUGAGAUCGCUAGACUAGACAGGGAAAACUGGGGGAAGGGAGACCUGCUGCUUCUGCCGGAUGUACACGACUCUUACGCCACGCUGUCGUUAAAGGUACUUCACAUGUUGACGUGGCUGGACAGACAUGUGGAUUUUAAGUACGUCCUGAAAGUAGACGACGAUUCGUUUGCAAGGUUAGACGUCAUGGAGAAGGAACUGAGACAGAGGAACGAGGAGGCACUGUACUGGGGAUUUUUCCACGGGGACGCGAAGGUUCCGAAGGAAGGACCACUGGAAGACCACGACUGGGUGCUGUGUGACCGGUACGUCCCGUACGCGCUCGGGGGAGGUUAUGUGCUGUCCGCAGACCUGGUGCACUACAUCGCCACUAAUGUAGACUCGCUAAAACUCUACCGUAGCGAGGAUGUCACAGUGGGGGCCUGGCUGGGGCCGCUGAACAUCAAGAGAGAACACGACGUUCGGUUCGACACGAUGAAUCAUUCUCGCGGAUGCAGCAACCAGUACCUGGUGACCCAUAAACAGUCGGAGAAUGAGAUGAGGAAAAAGCACCACCAGUUACAGACGAAGGGAAGACUGUGUGAGACGGAGUACAGGAAGGCCAAAUCUUACAUCUACGACUGGGCCGUGCUGCCGUCACAGUGUUGCAAGAAAAAAUCCGGGAUCAUCUAGCCACAAGUUACUCAUCCACAUUGACUUUUCUUAUGUAAUGCUGCGGGUACUUUCUUCAACUUGUUUGAAUGGACCUUCCUGAAGAAAUAGAUUUCUCAUGUGGAAUGAUGCAUUAGCACGUAACUAAGAUCAUUACAUGUAUGACCAGUUCUACUACAUCCAACAUGGCUGACAAUAUGUAUGUCGUAGUCAUGGGUGCAUCAUAUACGGCUAAUGAGACGACGAGAAUUCGAAGGAGUAAUACUAGUGUUUUAACCAUUGCAUGUCAGUUAUCUAGAUUGUGUGAGAAAGAGGUUAAAGGUUAAAUGGCGAUACAGUAGAAUUCUGUGACAGUACUUUGGCAGAUUAUGAAUUUUGCCUCCACUGAGAAUUUGAGAAUGAUGACUGAGAGAUAGGGUCAUAGAAGAUACAUGUAAAGUACGGUAGAGACGUACUGAAUGAGGUUGUAUUUUUUUUCCUGUCUUUAAAUUCAGGAUAGUGAACAGGGAUGGACCGACCAGCUUUAAACAGCAACUGUGAAAGGGAAACUAUGAGCACUUUUGAAAUAGGAAUAGAAAUGUGACCUAUAGAAAUAUGUUUUAUAAUACAACAAUAACUGAAA